AUGCCUCGGGAGCGCGGCGGCUGCUGCUGCUGGCUGCUCCCCGCGCUGCUGCUGCUCCUGCCGCCGCUCUGCGCGCCGGCUUUGACUAUAAGUGUAGCUGCUGAAGAUGCAAAGGAACAGAUUGAGCAACUGGUAUCACAGGAGUCUGAAAAAAGUGGAAAAUCAAAUAAAAUAAACAUAGAAUUACAAGAAAUUGUAUUUGUCAUCCAGAGUCAAAGUAACUCUUUUCAUUCAAAAAGAGCAGAAGAUUUAGAGCGCAAUAUUUUAAAACAGGCUGAAGAGCUUGGAAAGGAAUUACCUAGAGUUCUGCUUAUUCAUCAGAUGAACAGACAUGAUGAUGCAUGGACUAUACUACCAUUAAUGCAAGACUUCUCUGCUUCCUAUGGUAGAAACUCCUCAUGGAUUUUCUUCUGUGAAGAAGAUACAAGAAUACAAAUUGUUAAGCUGCUGGAAACACUUAGAAGAUUUGACAAGUCUAAGGAAUGGUUCUUAGGAAAAGCAUUAUAUGAUGAAGAAUCUACAAUAAUACAUCAUUAUGCCUUUGCUGAAAAUCCUACAGUCUUUAAAUUUCCAGAUUUUGCUGCUGGCUGGGCACUUAGUAUUCCGCUUGUAAACAAGCUUGCAAACAAGCUGAAAAGUGAACCACUUAAGUCAGACUUUACAAUAGAUUUAAAACAUGAGAUUGCAUUAUAUAUUUGGCAGAAAGGCAAUGGACCACAUCUUACUCCAGUGCCUGAGUUUUGUACGGAUGACUUGAACUCAUAUAAGGCUGUUCACUGUGCCACAAUGUUCAGUAACUUCCUACCAGUUUGCGGAGAUCCAGUGAAGAAAGAGGAUAUCUUUGUUGCUGUAAAAACAUGCCGAAAAUUUCACAGAGACAGAAUACCGAUUGUAAAGCAGACCUGGGAAGGUGAGGCUACCCUUGUUGAAUAUUAUAGUGAUUAUGCAGAGACCUCCAUUCCUACUAUAGAUUUAGGAGUACCUAAUACUGAAAGAGGUCAUUGCGGGAAGACUUUUGCCAUUUUGGAAAGAUUUUUGAAUCACAGCUCUUCCAAAACACCAUGGUUAGUCAUUGUGGAUGACGACACCUUAAUAAGUAUCUUUAGGCUCCGGAAAUUACUCAGCUGCUAUGACCCUAAUGAACCAGUGUUUCUUGGAGAGCGUUAUGGCUACGGAUUGGGAACAGGAGGAUAUAGUUAUAUCACUGGCGGAGGAGGAGUUCUCCCCUCACCCUGCAUCAAGAAAAAAUGUGUGGAGGUAAGGGACAGGAUGGUUUUCAGCAGAGAAGCAAUCCAAAAACUACUUGCUAGUAAAUGCCAGUGUUACAGCAAUGAUGCUCCAGAUGAUAUGGUCCUUGGAAUGUGUUUCAGUGGUUUAGGAAUCCCCAUAACACACUGUCCACUUUUCCAUCAGGCAAGACCAAUGGACUAUCCAAAGGACUACCUUGCUCACCAAAUUCCAAUAUCAUUUCACAAGCAUUGGAACGUUGAUCCAGUCAAGGUGUAUUUCACAUGGCUGGCACCAAAGAUGGAAGAUUCAUUUACUGAAAAGAAACAGAGACGUAUAAGGGAAGAUUUAUAA